AUGAACAAGCGCCUCGAGAUUUUGAACGAAUUCCUCUACUAUGUUUUUGAUUCCCUUUUGAUACCCCUCCUGCGCAGUAAUUUUUACGUCACCGAAUCCAGUGUUCAUCGGUACAAAUUGUUUUACUUUCGCCACGACAUCUGGCGUUACGUGGCAGAGCCAGCCAUGGCGGAGCUCAAAGUCACCAUGUUUGAGGAGGUUAAGCUGGAUCAUGCACGGAGGAUAUUGGAGAACAGGAGACUUGGGUUCAGCCAAGUCAGGCUGCUGCCCAAACAAAUCUCCAUGCGCCCCAUCACCAAUCUCCGAAGAAGGGCCGCGCCGAUAGGCAACAAAAAGAUGCUGGGAUUGAGCAUCAACUCAAUUCUUGGGCCGGUUCUGGGAGACACUCCAGGCAAGCUCUACUUUGUCAAGUUGGAUGUCAAGGCUGCUUUCGACACCAUUCCACAGGAUGCCGUCCUCAAGUUGAUGCAGGACGUGACAACCCAGGACAGGUAUAAGCUGUUGAAGCACGUUGAGAUCAAAGCAGGUCAUGUGGGCGGAGUCCACAAGCCCACACGGCGGUGGCAAGCGGUUGCCAUACGCGAGCACGAUAAGACCCCGUUCCUUGAUCGUGUCGAGAGCCAGCUGGCGCCGACCAAGCGGCAUACAAUCUUCGUCGACAACGUCAUGCAGCGAUCAGAGGAUCGACGAAAGCUCUUGUCUUUGAUGACGACGCAUAUAGAGCAAAACCUUGUCAAGCUCGGAAAGAAGUACUACCGACAAAAGAACGGCAUUCCUCAAGGGUCGGUACUUUCCUCUACGCUCUGCAACUACUUUUACGCCGAUCUCGAGCUACAACACUUGUCGUUUCUGAACGGUCAAGACUGUAUGCUGUCCAGGCUAAUUGAUGAUUUCCUUCUCGUUACCACGGAUGUUGCGCAAGGCGCGAAGGUUCGUCAAGGUGAUGCACAUGGGGCUUUCCCCGGCUACGGGGUUUCUGUCAGCCCGCUAAGACGUUGGUGA